CUAAGUGUGUCGGCUCUUGGGUCUGAACCUGAUCUUGACCAACAUGGAAGGUAACCUGUUCGCUGAAUGAAAGUCCCUCAGGAAGAUCCGCAUAUCAGUAAUAAAACGAAAGGACGUCCUGAUAUUAUCGCAUUUACCUCCAAUGUUAAAAUGAGAAAGUUUCAUAGGUCUAAUUGAAGUUGAAGGCUUAAAAAACAAUAAUAAGGUGUCAUUAAUCAU